CAAAAUCAAUAUAUCGGACAAUAAGUUUAAGAUUAAGAAACUUUUAAAUCUCAUUUAUAAACGGGUGAAGAAAUUAAAUAAGUAUUUGGGAAAAGUUCUUACAAUUAAUCGGAGUUGGUGAAAAAGAAAACAUUAGUUAACAUUUGAGUGACUACCAGGAUAGAAAUGGGUAAAGGUAAAGGUGACGGUCUAGAGUGCUGCAAAGUUUGUGGAGCUGCAGCAUGUUGUUGUUUUGUUUUGCUGUUAGUGCUUGCGUUGGCAGGGUUGGGCAUAGCAAAAAUUGUAAUGGGGGCAGUUCACCUUCACGACUGCAGCAUUGAAUAUCUUAUACCAAUCUGGCUUAUUGUAAGCGGCUGUGCUCCAAUCCUGUUUGGUGGGAUGGGUAAACAGAGUAAUGAUGAGGAUGGAGACUCAAAUAUGUGCGCACAAGUCUGCGGAGCCAUUGGUUUCCUUUUCAAUCUAUCCUGGCUCAUCUGUGGAAGUGUCUGGGUGUACCCUAACUACAACACCGUUACGGCGGACGACUUUGUACAAUGUACCGCCAACAUAACAACAAACUGUACGGAGGGGAAUUGUGACAAAAGUCUUAUAACGUUUGCAUUUGCUAUGGCCACUCUUGACUGGAUAUUCAUGGGUCUUUGGAUCGUCAUCAUUGGAUGUAUGAUUUGUAGAGCGUGCCAAGGAAGUAGUCGUGCCUAAGUUUAGCUGGUUUGAAGAAUGGCCUUUGUAUUACCUCUUUUGCGGCACUCUAUCGUAUUAGCCAUCACAUACAUGCAUUUAAUGACUAUUGUGUGAGAUAUUGUUUUAUUAUAUUUUAAAGGAACUUCAGUGAGGUAUAAAAUCCUAAAAUAAUAAACUUUGAAAUUCUUUCCUCAAUAAGUUGGCGCAGUUACUUUCUUCAAUAAGUUGGUGCAGUUAAGAUGGAAAACUAUACAAUACGUACUAUGUAAAUGUACUCAACCGAUUUUUAUGCGUUUUUUGGCAGAUUUUAUUGAAAGCGUUGAAAUUAAGUACAGUUAUAGUGAUUAUUAUUUUGUAUGGAAGUCCAAAUACUACUAUGUUUACUUUUGCUUCUUUUAUUGCAAAUAGUUUCACAUUCAGCAAUACAUUGCACUUUAUUCAUGUGACAAGCAUCUAAUAUGUGUAAACCAUUAUUAAAACGUUAUAAAUCUCAUAUUUGCCCUGGCUAAGGGAAAAUAUAUUAUUUGUAAGGCAUAAUGUACAUUUAAGUACAAUAAAUAUUGAUUUAUAUGAGAUUAAAGAGGGAACUUAAAACUGAUGCAUUUAUCCUAAGAAAACAUACAUACUACCGUGGAAGGUUCUCUCUUUUCAAAUUUUACAUUUUCAUAUUCAAUUGAAAGCAUUUUAGAAAUAGUUCUUUAUGUUAAUCCUUCUGUCUUUAAACAUUUAUGUCUUCUUUGUCAUUGAUUAUUAAAGUCUAUUUGGGUAAAGUAAAUAUAGUGAGAUUCUGGCCUAUUAAAAUCCACUUAGAUAAAUUCAAGAUACUCUAAUACUUACGACCCUAUUGUGUUUGUUUCUGUAUUUUCUUCGCUGUUGACACAUUUUUUUAUUCAAGUAAAUGUUACAAAAUGUAGUUUUUAUGUUUGUGUAUAUGUGUGUUUUGUAUAAUAAGUCAGUAUUCACAUUGAAUGCACAUCACUUGCAUCUCUCUUCACAUUUUAUUUAUAUACUAAAUAAAGUUAUUCUUUAUUUUA